AUGCGACAAGAGACGAACCCCCCAGGAGCGGAGGCUCCGUCCGGUUCCUUGGUCAUUCCCUGGUAUUUAAUACCGCUGUUGUCCUGGCCAUUCUGGAGAGUUGCUGGUCGUUAUACUGCUAUCCUCAACCUACUCAUCAUGCACUUUAUAGCGAGUUUAGUCGCCUCUGCGGCCCUCGCAGUCCUUGCCUCCAGUGCAGACAUUGCCUCCUCCUCUUGGUCAACGGAGUACCCCGCGAUCCGUUCCUACUCCUAUGUUGGGGGCCGAUACGCUGACAACGGCGCUGGAGGACAUGUAUUUGUCGACCAAAUGUACGUCGAGAGGCUACAGCCCGUCGGAGGUAUCCAGCACUCUACUCCUAUAAUAUUUAUACAUGGUCAGGCCCAAACCGGCACCAACUUUCUUAACAAACCAGAUGGCGGACGUGGCUGGGCAUCCCGCUUUGUUGAACAAGGCUACGAGGUGUUCAUCAUCGACCAAACACUUCGCGGCCGCUCAGCAUGGUUCCCAGGAAACGGUGCAAGCACACCGUCAACUUACUCUGCGGAGAUUAUUCAGCAGCGAUUUACCGCGCCACAGCUGUACAAUCUCUGGCCGCAGGCUCACCUCCAUACCCAGUGGGCCGGUAGUGGUGUCAUGGGUGACGCCAUCUUUGACGCCUUCUACAGCUCCAACGUCCAGUUCAUCUCCAACGCGACGUAUCAGCAAACAACAGUGCAGAAUGCCGGCGCCAAGCUCUUGGACAAGAUUGGCAAACCUGCCAUUGUUGUCGGCCAUAGCCAAGGCGGCAUUAUGCCUCUCCUGUUGGCCGAUGCUCGCCCGUCACUGGUCGCCGGGCUUGUCCUUCUCGAGCCUACGGGACCGCCCUUCCGCGAUGCCGUAUUUAGCACAGGACGGGCACGACCUUGGGGCUUGACUGAUAUCCCGGUGAAAUACUCCCCAGCUGUUCAAGAUCCUGCUGUGGACCUCACGAUCGCGAGGGUCCCGCCACGAGACGCCAACUCCGUCGAGUGCCUUUUGCAAGCUACAAACCCACCCCCUCGAAAGCUUGCCAAUUUGGCAAACAAGCCGAUGCUAUUCAUAACAUCCGAGGCGUCUUAUCAUGCACCAUACGAUUAUUGCUCUGUGGAGUUCUUGCGCCAAGCAGGUUGCCACAAGCUAAAGUUUGUGGAGCUGGGGCGUGAGCGCAUUCACGGCAACGGGCACAUGUUCUUUAUGGAGAAGAACAGCGAUGAUAUCCAGGCUAUUGUCCGAUCAUGGAUUGAAGACAUUUAA